GACAGCACACACACCUCGCGUUCAGACACACGCACACGCGACCCGAUCUCAAGUGUAUACGUCCGUAGCCCCCGAGUUCCGCUCGUUUGACAGGCUUCUUCCGCCCCUGACGUCAUAGCUGGAGUAAAGAUUCUUUGGGACACCGCGUGCUUUUUUUUGCUCUCUCUCUCGUCUUCUGGAGUGGGGGUGUGAGAGAGCGAGAGGAAAAAGGAAAACAGGUCACGGAGGAAGAUCUCAACUGACGUCUGAGGCGAAAAUGGGUUUUAGCGUCGCGCAAGCCGCCCUGGUCCUGUGCCUGGCAGGGACUUCUCUCGCUGCAGUAGCCAUCGGCCCUGCGGUCGUGCACCCAGAUCACCCCGGGAAGUGCUGGCUGCCCAAGCAGAGUCGGUCCUACGCUGACGGCGCCCAGUGGCAGGAGCCCAACUGCAUGAGGGCCACGUGUCUCUCGUACAAGUCCCAGCUCUACGUCGAGUAUGCCACAUGCGGCCCGGUUGCAGCAGGACCCGGAUGCAAGCCCGUGCAGGACCUGAGCCUCCCUUACCCGAGCUGCUGCCCCAUCAUCUCGUGCCCGAACGCCGACCCCGAUGCCCUGAAGGGGGAGGAGUACGACGAAUUCACGAAUUGGAUCAGCGAGUAUUACGACAACCCGACUCCAACGGCCUAAGGAGCGACUCGGCUGGUCUCGCGCCCUUGUUUUCGCGUCCGCGCCUGUGAGCCCGCACUUGACCAAAGCUUUUAUUUUAUUUUUUUUAUAACUUUUGUGUGUUCUUAAGGCAUUUUUAUUUCCCCAAGAGAGUUCGCUUGUGUUCUGGCCUCGCUUUGUUAACUGGACUCUUGAGGUAAGAUGUCGUUGUGAAGAUCAAUUUAAAAUUUAAAAUUAUGAUGGAGAAUCUUCAAGCGACUUAGGAAUCCAAAGCUCGAAUACCCUGGCAAAAGGUGCCAGUGAUAAGUUUUAUCUAUUAGGAUGUUUCUUUCCAAAUGUAUUUAUUCUUGUUGAAAUUUGAAAACAAAAAGAGGAAAAAAAUAUAUAUUUAAAUAUAUAUAUAUAUAUAUAUAUAUAUAUAUAUAUAUAUAUAUAUAUAUAUAUAUAUAUAUAUAUAUAUAUAUAUAUAUAUAUGACACUACCAAGACCUUCACUUCGUAGGUGAUGCCAAAAGUAAGAUGACUUGCCACUACCCUCGUGUGUCGCAAGUCGAAGAAGCAUCUCGAAGCAAACCAAAACAAAUCAAUUUAACUUAUUUGGCAGUAACUGAUCACAAAUUACGUCGCAAACCAAACGCAGGACGACGUACGUGGCGACGAACGUGCCCAGAAUCACUGGCUUGCCGCGUCGUUCUCACUGAGCCGUCAUGAUCAUGCGGACGACCUCCAAAAGAUACCAAGUUGUGCUGAUUUUUGCAUGGUGUUCGUGUACUACUUUUUUUCUUCUUCCAAAAUUGCCUUUUAAGGCUAAUCCGAAGGUCGUAAUUUUUCUUUAGGUCUUAUACUUGUAAGAUAAGGUUACGAACCAAAAUUCGGAUGGUUUUCUGCUGUGGGAGGAGGAAUGAAAGUCGUUCAUUCACUCCAUGACAAAAAAAAAGAAAGUCGACAUCCGGAUAAAAAAAACGAAAAAUGAUGGAGUCCGCAGGUUGAUGAGGCGAACGAAGUGUUUUUGUAUAUAGGAUAAUCACCUUCACCUUCAUCCCUUCACCAAUCACGUAGUUGGAACACGUGUCUCGUCACGUGAUCUCACAGCUGACGCAUGACGUCACACUUUGAGCUGUGACGUCACAUACCUGUCUUCCGGGUCGAUGCAAGUGUUCUUUCAAUCUUUCAUGCUAGAUUUAUAUAAAAGAAAAUGCAUAAGUGGUUUUCUCUCAUUAUAAAUUGUUAUUAUUCUAUUUUCACACUGAAUUAUAUCAAGUGUAUACAAUAAAGUGCAUAAUAUAUUUCAGAGAGCGUGGGAACGCAUGCUGAAUCUGUGAUUCUGCACUUCUGCCACGGCUCUAGAUUUUAAAGUAUUAGUACAAAUUCAUUGUGUUGAUACAUAAAUACUACACUUUCACUUACCAUUUCUUUGUUAUUUAGGUUUACAGAGCAUUUUAAUGUAGGUUAUAUUAUCAUCAUUUUAAUUAUUGAUUUUUUCAUGUUAGUUCCUACGAAUAGUGGCCCUAAAAUGUACGAAAAGAAAAGAAAAGCUCAAUUAUUUUAAAAAGAAAGGAUUUAAUCUUUGUGAAACUGUUAUGCAGGAGCAGUAAAUUGUACUCAUAGAACUACAAGUAUAUAGCUGAUAUUCAAUUUAAUCUUUUAUGAGGUUGUCUUAUAUUUCUCGCACAGACAGACGAAACAGAGAAGACAAACACACAAAUUAAAUGCAGCUGCUAAUUAAAUAUAAUUAAAAGAAAUCAAGAAUAGGCAUUUGUCGAUGUCAUUGAUAUUCUGAUAAUUAUAGAAACUUUUUAACUUGAAAUCUGAUAGUCUGGAAGCUAUUCAGAUAAACGAACAGCCUUUGGUAGCUUAUCUGUCAGAAGUGAAUUAAUUUCAGCUUUUAGAUAGGUCACUAAGG